AUGGAUGCGUCUGCAGACCUUGGGUUCGGGUUCAAGCCCGACCUUCCAGUCGCCAUCUCUCUGGUUGGCGGAAGAUAUCUAAUCUUCGAUGUCAAGAUAGCCACUUUUCUUCGACGUGAACACCGGGUCUGCGGAACGACCAUCGGCACACUUCCGUUGAGUCCUUCGCAGAAUCUGUUCCUCGGUGUCCCAGUGGAGAUUAUGGCGGAAGAAGCCCAGGUUCUGGUUGAAAAGGGAGUGGCUUUCCUUGUCGACGAUGCUCGAGUCCACAAUCAGGCAAUUCACUUGGCCGACAAAGCUCGACAGGCGGACUACUUGGCCAAGAUACAGAAGCAGUCGAAGCACUUUGAACAAGCGCGGGCAGAGGAAAAGGAAGCCUCACGGAAACGUGCCUUGGACAAACAGUCCAAGAAAAGCCUAGCCAAGGCCUCUGCACUGAGUUCAGACCAACCAGGUGACACGGGCGCCGGCCUAUUCGAAUUCAACGACCGUUCAAAUUUAGCCACACAGGCCGAGAACGGUGCUGCCGAUGAUGCUGUCCGUGAUUCAGGGGUGCAAGCCCUGCCUGACCUGACGUCGUCGAGUAAUUAUCAUGUUACCCCUGCGACGUCUCGGCUUCUGCUCCCAACUCCUCCAUCAACUCCUCAAUUAGAGAUCAAGGAUCUGCCUUCCUCCUAUCCUCUCUACAGGCAUCUCCAUAACAGAGGCUACUUCAUGACACCUGGUCUACGCUUCGGCUGUCAGUACACCGUUUAUCCCGGUGACCCUCUCCGUUUCCAUUCUCACUUCCUUGCCGUGGGGACUGAAUGGGAUGAAGAAAUUGACCUGAUGGAGGUUGUUGGUGGCGGAAGACUAGGCACCGGCGUCAAGAAGGGGUUCUUGCUGGGAGGGGCGGAUCCAAAUGGGGAGGUGCGGACUUUCAGCGUGGAAUGGGCAGCAAUGUGA